GAGGUCACACACAGACACCCACACCUCUCCCACCAUUUCACCUUCCUUCCUUUCCUUUUUUCCACACCCAUUUGUGAGAUUCUUGCAGUGGUCUUUUCUCUUCCACUGGAUUGUACAGAUUCCCAAUUAAUAACCCAUCUUUAAUCUCUUCACUUCUGAUUGAUUUUGGGCUUUUUUUUCCUUCUCUCUCUCAGAUUUUUCCUCUUCUUCUUCUUCUUCUUCUUCUUCUUCUGCUGGUUUCUCCUUUUUUUCCCCUUUUUUGAGGCAAAACUCUUCUGGGUCUUUGAGCUAUUGGUUGUUUCUGCAAUCUUCCUUUGGUGGGUUUUUUGCAGAAAAGGGUUUUGUGUGCCCCCCAGUAGCUUGCGCCCAUAUAAAGCUUGAAGAGAAAAAACCAAUCAUAUUUUCCAUUUUUGUAUCAAUUUUUGUGAAUAAAUUAGUUUUUGCCCAAUUUUUCUUCUGUAAUUUCUUUAUCUACUUGAGGAGGAAUUUUUGAAAAGGAAAGAGAAGGACAUGGGCAAGCAAGGGCCUUGCUAUCACUGUGGAGUUACAAGCACACCCCUUUGGCGCAAUGGGCCUCCCGACAAGCCAGUAUUGUGCAAUGCAUGUGGAUCUCGCUGGAGGACAAAGGGAACUCUAGCAAACUAUACCCCUCUUCAUGCUCGGGCAGAUCCUGACGAGUAUGAUGAUAAAAGGAUAUCUAGGUUGAAGAACUUGUCAAUGUUUAAGAUCAAAGAAGUGAAACCGCUUAAAAGAAAGCAGCAUCCAGACAGUGGAGUUGUGGUGGGGGUUAUCCCUGAUCAUGAUCAGAGCUUCCACAAGGCAGUGGAGGAAGAUACAAGUAAUAGAUCAAGUUCUGGAUCAGCCAUAUCAAACUCAGAGAGCUGUGCACAAUUCGGCAGUGCGGAUGCAAGUGAUUUGACAGGCCCCUCACAAUCGACGGCAUGGGAGACAACAGUGCCUUCUAAAAAGAAGAGGACCUGUGUCAGUCGUUCAAAUCCUUCCGCAGUUGAGAAACUCACUAAAGAUCUACACUCCAUUUUACAUGAACAGCAGUCAUACUUCUCUGGAUCUUCAGAGGAGGAUUUGCUUUUUGAGAGCGAAAUUCCGAUGGUCUCUGUAGAGAUAGGACAUGGAAGUGUUCUCAUGAGGCAUCCAAGUUCAAUUGCUCGAGAGGAGGAGUCAGAAGCAAGCUCACUUUCAGUUGAUAAUAAACAGUUCUCUGUAAAUGAGGCUUAUUCAGAAUCGUCCAUCCUUCCUGUACGUGGUGAAACUGAGAACAAGAUGAUCAAUUUGUCUACUCUUGGAAUUGGGAGAAAACACCCUAAUGGACAGGGGUUCAUCCAGGAGCAAAUUAAAAGGGACAAGCCUCAUUCAGAAAAAAUGCAAGCACUUGGAAAUCAUAAUUCUCCUCUGUGUAAUAUAGAUCUAACUGACAUCCUAAACUUCAGAGAGUUUACGCAGCAUUUGACGAGUGAAGAUCAGCAAGCAUUAAUGAAGUAUCUGCCUUCUGUUGAUACUGAAGAGCUACCAGACAGCUUGAAUAGCAUGUUUGACAGCCCUCAGUUCAAGGAGAAUUUGAAUUCUUUCAAGCAGCUGCUCACUGAAGGAGUCUUUGAUUUCUCCUUUCGAAGUGCAAGACGAGAAGACUGCAAGACUUUGAGUCGACUUGUGUUGAGGGAUUUGUCGAAAUCAAAAUGGGUGGAACGAUAUCAUCUACUUAAGAAAUGUAGUAGUGGAGAGCCUGUUCAAGGUUUUGCUGCUGCAUCAAGUAGCUUCAUGAAUUCCAAGAGAUUGCUUGAUGGCCAAAACAAAAAGUUUUCAGAAACAAAGACAACGAUGAAGAGUCCGAAAAGGGUGAUGACGAAGACAAGCACGGAAAGCAAGGAACUCGUCGAUAGCGACGGUUCUUGUUUCAGUCCAAGAAGCUUAUUUACUUUACCUUCUGAUGGAGGUUCCUUCACCCUGGAAUCUCUGCAUUUUGAUGGGGAAAGUUCUGACCAGGAUCUCCUGCUGGAUGUGAGGUCAAACAGCUCCUUUCCACAAGCAGAGCUCCUUCACCCAACCCUGAGUUUUGGUGCCCAACAGGCAAGCAAUAGUAGUAGCUCGGUAAAUUUUCGACUUAUGCAUCGCUGACAAUUUCUGAUAACCACCACAGUUCCAUAACUUAAAAAGUAUAUUCUUUUUUUGCUUGGUGAAACUGGGAAAAGAAAAUAGUCUCUGUGUGGUUUAUGGUUGAUUUCUCUUCUUUACCCUUGAAUCACCCUUAUAAACUUGCAGCUAUAAGGGGGGAUUUGGGUAGGCUUUUUUGUAAAUGCUACAGUUGACUGUAAUAGAUAGCUCCCAUCUCAGAAGUGAUAAGUUUUAGAUUUUUGUACAUGGUAGUACAUUUUUCACUUGCACAAUAAUGUUCAGUUUUUCUUCUGGCUUGGAA